AUGUCAGAUAACGCCGCUCCCGACGCCAACGCUCUAGCAGCCCCUGUUCCAAGCGCAGGCCCCGGUCUCAGCGAGGAACUUCUUGAAACCUGCCUCAAGACCAAGCGACCAGUCUACCGCGCAAUCGAGGACCUGCUCCCUGACUACCUCCGCUGGGGCCACGGCGAAAUCCAACGAGAGUGGCGCCAGCAGUACAACGAGGAUUGCCAUCCCGAGAUAGUAUACGACAUUCUGGUACGUGCAGUACGGGCCGCCAGGCGACAUGCCAGAAUUGCAGGACCCGAGACUGUCGUGACGACGAUCCAAAGUCGUUCCUACGUUCCUUUUCGGAUGGCUUGGGAUAAUGCGGCGAUGGCUUUUGCGAUGGGGUUUGGUACGUGUGAGAAGUCGGAUGAUGAGGAUGAGGAGGAGGCUGAGAUGGACGCGGUGGGUGGUCGCAUGGCUUUUAUGGCGCGCAAGUACCCGGAGGCACUGGCAGCUAUGAGGCGAUAG